GCAGGGGCGUGUGAUCAUGAGGUAUGGGGGUGGGAGCCAGGGGCUCAUGGCAGUGGGCAGGGCAGGGUAGGAGAUUGUGCUGGGGCGGAUGCAUAGGAUUAUGUGUGGUGGUUGGAGCAGCGGGUGAUGAAUUCACUGUGAUUUUUAAGUAAAUGGUGUCGCUGCUCCUGCUGGCACUGCCACUCUCAGUGCCCUCGAGGGAGGCAGGAAAUGUGCCUCUAGGGUUGCCACCUCUCCUGGGAUUCUGCAGAUUGUCCCACUUGUAACAGGGCUAUGAAGCAUCCUCACGUUGCUCUUCAAGCGCACUCACAAAGGUCGCAGCCUCACUGCCCACACAUCCAUCAAAGUGCAGCCCAAUUACCACAUGGGCUGUGAAAUCUAGAACAAGAGGUGCUGUAGUGCUAGCAGGGAGCAUUUCUCUCUGCCACCUCCCCUUUUCCAAGGGGAGACUUCUGGGCAUUUCUGGCAUAGGUCAUGUUAAUAAAGCUGCACCCACAGCACUGAUUGGGUUGCUGGUAUAUAGGGCUCUCCUACAACGCAGCUUUGAGGUGCAUGCCGAGAGCAUGCAGUGCUAUGCAGGGCUUUGAUAAUGGGGAUAUGGAGACUUCUGCCUCCAUAAAGGUAAAAAUCCAGCCCAGGUCGAUAGUAAUCAAAAGUCACCGUGAUCUGAUUGCUGUUUGGUGGCCUGUGUGAAAUGAGUUUGUUGCUCUUGAUCUAUCAUCUCCUAGUAUAUAAGUGUCCACGUCACAAUCGGUCCUGUUGUUGACAUCCUUAGCAGAGAGAUCAGGGCUACAGGUUGCAGCAGUUUGCAUCUUCAUUGACUCUUUUGGGGAGAAGUUUUUGGGUGCUGAGAGACAUUCAGGCUGCAGCUCCCGGGAAUUGCUAAACAUGUGUUGAGUAGCUUCACUUACUGCCAAGCCAGACAACGAGGUGGUGAUGUUUUCUUCUCUUCUAGGUUCUGGCAAGAUGGAUGCAAAGAAUUUGAAUUCUGGUCCCAUCUCUGUACUUAUUACUGAGUCACAGUUUGCCCAGAGGUUCAGGUGCAGUAUGGAGAUGCAGAUGGAGGGAGAAAGCUGAAAGACGUUGUUGUACCUGUAUUGAGCUGAACACAUGGUCAUUAACAUGGCAAAAUAGAGUAAAAAAAAACUAUCCUGUGGAUCUGGGCUCACUUAAGUGGGAGCAGAACUCGUAGUUCCAGACUAGUACAUUACUAGUAGUAAUAAUCUGCUUAUAUCAACACACAGCUUCAGAGCAUUAGGGGCUGCAGUGGAAUUCUCACUUUCACAAGCGAUGGACCAUUUGGGUGGAUCUCAGCCCAGUCCUUAAUGGGCAUUGAUCCACUUCCCAAAACUAGCACAUACCGUAAAUUGGAAUGAUUGCCAGUACCCAUUCAUAGGAAGGCCAGGGUGAUGAGAAGUCAGAAAUGAGAUACAGAGCUUGCACAGCCAGCACUUGCCUGUACUUUGCUUGGCUCAAGUCAGCACUGUCAUCUCAAAGCCUUUACAAAGGUGGGUGGGUAUCAUCCCCAUUUUACAGAGGGGACACUGAGGCACCCAGGGAUGCAGUGACUUGCCUGAGGUUAUGCAGUGAGUCUUUCACAGAGUUGGGAAUAGAUUCAGCUCUCCUGACACUAGACCAGUGCACUUUGUUACUCCAGGAGAUGAUGAUCUCAUCAGAUCAGGACUGAACAAUGUGUAUAGAGCUCAGGCUUACAUAAGAGGAUUGCAGAAAGCCUAGAGGGUAUAAUGACAGAUGAAUAAAUACCUGAAUACAUCCUUGGACUUGCAGGGAGUAUUUGGAGAGAGAGAGGGUUCUGGAUGUCUGCCAUUGUGUGCAAAAGCUGCUGGAUGGCACAGUGGCAUUGCCUGUGCUGGGAGAGAAACUCACUGAGCAGCACCUGCAGGAGCUGCGGGAGAGCCUGCCCCCUGAGACGACAUGCACUCUGACGUGGGUUCAGGUCAGCAAAGCACUGGCUUUCUCAGUAGAAUCGGGGGUAGGAUUUACCAUACCAGGCUCUUGUGCCCAUAUCCUGUCUCUGCAAAUUGCUGUGUCCCCAUGCGUCAUUAGCAUGGCAACCCCUCCCAUAAUGCACCUUAGCCAUUUGUACAAUACAUCACUUGAAGACAGUGACAUUCUUUUCUGACCCCUUCUGCCAUCAGCUUAAGGGGAAUUUGACUGAAAUUCCCUGGGACCAUCUUAGACUUGCCUGGCGCUGGCAGGGAGCUCCUGGAAGCUAGGUAAAAGAGAAAGCAAGUUUCACUUUAUAGUCCGAUUCAGUUCCUGUGUAUUUUAUUUAGGGCCCAGUCCUGCCAGCUGCUGAGCGUGCUCCAUUCCUGUGGAAGAUAGUGAGAGAUGAGGCUGUUCAGCAGCUUGCAGGAAGCACCUGAGACCUCAGGAUCAGGUUCCUUUUUCCUGUGAGGUUUGGAAUAUGUGCUGGGAUUGUCUGAGUUCAGCAAUGACAGGGCUGUCUGAGAUCAGGCAGUUCUACUCCUUCCUAGCAGGGUUUGGUUGAAUUCCUAAGUCUCAAUUGAGGGGCUCCUUGGCACAGACCUUGUGGGUCACUGAUGGAGCAGAGACUUUCACUCUAGUGCCGUGGGAGCUGGGAUUGCAGGGAGCAGUAAUAUUCCAUUUUAGCUGCUCUUUCGUGCCUGUCUGCAUAGGGCUUACUAGUUGCUUCCCCCACAGCCGGCUGGGAAAAUGCCCAAAACCAAAAGGAAUAAAUUCCUGCCGCAUUAAACAAACAGACAAACCUCCCUGCUUUAAAAGGAGGAGCUUGUGCCCUCCUUGCAGGGUCCCCAGGCCCAUUACAGUCUCCAGGAGCUGCCAGUGCAAUGGGUAACUCAUUUCUUUUAUUUAGAGAGCAGUGGCUGCUCCAGCCUGAGGGACAUUAUCUGGAGAUGGUGGAUGUGGCCCAUGGGUCCUGAAGCCCCUUCAGUCUGUUGUGGGUUAGUGCAGCCAGUAUGAUUGAAGAAUCACACCCAGUGAGCUGGACUUUCCAGUCCCUGGGGGAGAACCCCAUUCCCUCAAAGGCAGCACGAGUCCAGUCGCCCGCCCGGAAGCUGUGCAGGGAGCUGCAGCAUUUAGUGUCAGCCUCUGGGGGCACGUGGUCAGAUAAGCUGGAGGACGAUCUCCCUCGUUCCUGGCAGCGGCACGGAGACCUCAUCCUGCUGAGCGAGGACAGCUUCAGGGCUGCGAUGUGGAAGGAACUGGGACCAGAGCUCUGGGAAACAGUUGCUUCUGCUCUGGGCGCCCGACGCGUAGCGAAACGAGGGCGAAUAUCACCGGAUGGAGUACGAUCCCCGACAGUGACCCUGUUGCUGGGGCAGGAUGGCUGGGUGGAGCAUGUGGACAAUGGAAUCAGAUACACGUUCGAUGUGACCAGGUGCAUGUUCUCUCCUGGAAACAUCACAGAGAAGCUGCGGGUGGCCUCGCUGCCAUGUGCCGGGGAAGUGCUAGUGGAUCUCUAUGCAGGGAUUGGCUAUUUCACGGUGCCGUACCUGGUUCAUGCCGGUGCUGCCUUUGUCCAUGCCUGUGAGUGGAACCCCCAUGCUGUGGAGGCCCUGAGAAAGAACCUGGAGCUGAAUGGCGUGCAGGAUCGGUGUCAGAUCCACCAAGGGGAUAACAGGCAGCUGGAGUUGCGGGACGUGGCCAACAGGGUGAAUCUGGGGCUGCUCCCCAACUCGGAGGAGGGCUGGCCUAUUGCCUGCCAGCUUUUGCGGAAGGGCACAGGGGGCAUUCUGCACAUCCACCAGAACGUGGAGUCCUUCCCAGCAAAGGCUCAUUUGCAUAGUGGCCACUUGGAGGAGCUGCAGCUACAGCAAUGUCCGGAGCAAGCUGUAUCCAACAGGCAGGAGGACAAAAUGGGCCAAAGGAACUGCAGGAGCCCAAAGAAUGCUGACAUCAUGGAUCCUGGGAGGGAGACCCAGGCAGUUGCGACCAGGGCCGAGUGGCAGAGGUGGGCAGAGACCACGGGAACGCGGAUCAGGGUUCUGCUUCAGCAGCUACAUGGGAAGCCUUGGAGGACAAACAUUCUGCACAUUGAGCCAGUGAAAUCCUAUGCCCCCCAUGUGUAUCACAUAGUUCUGGAUCUGGAGUGCCGCCCCCUCUCUUAGUACACAGGGAGAGUGGACUGCACCCUUGGGUUCCCCAGGAAUGUCGCCUUCUCCGCUAGCAAAUGCGCAGGUGGAGCUUGGGGCCCAAGCUUGAGAAGUGCACAAAGCCUACACAGAGAUGAGUGCUCCCAGCUGGCACCCUGUGAACUGGUUCAGUCUGACACUGGUCUUUGCCUUCAGCCCUCCUGGGACCCCUCUUCUCUCCAGACUGGCGUGUAACAGCUUGACCUGACCAUGGUGCUCCCUGCAGCUGGUGCAUUCCCUGCUCUCUGUGAGCUUCAUUCUAUUUCCAUUUCCUGCAACCAGGUAAAACAUUUGUUGUAAGUUUUAUCUGCCUGGGUCGUGUCUUGCUGUUUUUCCCAGCGGGAUGGCAGAGUUCUCCAGCACUCAGCUCCAAACUCUGUUCUCACCACUAAUGCCAGCAAGAGACCUGGGCAUGUGAACUUAGCAGAAUGUCUGAUUUCAGAUUCACCAGUUGAGCCAGAGAGCAUCUUAGUCCUGCACAGAGGCUGCCACUGGUACCAGGCUGUGGGCAAAUUGUGUCUCUGUGACCACUAGGACCUAGGCUGAGACUCACCAGACUUACUGCCCUUGUGAUCUAAUCAGAAAAUGCUGAGCGCUUUGCUCCUGGUAUUCAUUUGUUGUGGGCAUGUGAAGAGCUCCAGGAUGUAGUGUAGUCCCUGUGAGCUGACCUUGCUCCCUCCACUGCUGUCCUGGUCUAUUCCUAUUUACCGCACUACAAUCCUGAUCUUGCAGUGAGCCCGCGUACAGGCAGAUCCCCACUCAUGUAAGUGGGGCUCAGUGUGGAGCCAGUUGCGGGAUCGGGACCUAUAUACUUUAUCAUACAACAGAUAUGAACUUUCCUGUUUCUUAGCAUCUAAGGGGGCUUGUUCAUCCUCUUGUUCCAAGCCUGGAUCUGAAGUUGCUAUGAUAUUUGCCCACAAGUUUCAGGAAGCACGGGCAAGCAGUUCCUCUGCUGCUACUUGGGAUUUUUGGCCUGUCUCUGUUUAAAAUAGUGAGAAAUGAAUGACUAUAGUGCUACUGAAAGGUGCCAAACUGAGAUCCCUGGAGACCAAAGCCUCUCCCCAUAGAACAGAUGCAGAGUCAGUGCAAGAUUUCCCCACCCAGCAAUUCUGCCUCACUCCUGCCCUGGAUGGAACAUAGGAACUGCCAAACUGGGUCAUGCCAGUGGUGUAUCUAGUCUCCCAUCUCCAGCAAUGGCCAGUGCAAGCUGCUUCGGAGGAGGGUGCAAGAAACCCUGUAGAAAGCAGUUAUGAAAUAUCCUGCCCACAAUAAUAAUUUCUUCCUAAUCCCUGUUUGUUAGAGGCUAGUUUGUGCCCUGAAGCAGGAGGGUUUAAAUCUCUUCCAAACCUCUGCAUUAUUUGUAACCCUCACCAUUCUAACUGACCUGAGCAAGGAUUGGCAUCACAAGUGAGAUCUUGUGGCAGGUGAAUUGUGUACUGUGUGCAAAAGGUAUUUCCUUUUAUCAGUUUUUAAUUCACCACCUUUUGCUUUCGUUUUAUGUCCCCUUUUUCUUCUACAGCGAGAGAGGGUGAAGAAAAGCUCCUGACCUGCCUUCUCAAUACCGUUCAUUGCCACCUCCUCUCUAGUGAUUAAUGCUAAGAGGGUAGCUGCCCAUUUAAUCUUUGGCCUUGAUUUAGAAACUGCCAAAUAAGAAGCCAUUUGGGACGUUGGGCUUUUCAAAGGGGCCACCUGUUCACUAGGAACUGAACUGGAACCACCACAUUGUUUUCACGUAACCUACUGCUCAGCAGCCAUGCAAUGGCAAUGACUUCUGGUUGCUACUGACCUAGGCUGCAGUCAGGCCUGUGACAAGAGGUGAAAGGCUCUGGAUUAGGGCUGUCGAUUAAUUGCAGUUAACUCACGCGAUUAACUCAAAAAAAUUAAUCGCAAUUAAUCGCAGGUUUAAUCGCACUG